AAUGAAAAAGAAGAAGAAGAACAGAACGCUGUACCAUAUGGCCGUACUAUAGAAGAAGAGAUCCAUUCCUGUGUGCUGUCUCAUCUGUUCCUCUCGUAACCAUGGCCGUGCCACUGAGACCUGCCGACGCAGGAAUUAUUCUUUCUCAAGAUCCAUGACUAUGUUUCUCCUGCUACUGCUGCUCGUCGCCAUAACAGCCUGCGUGACGGCCCUGACAAUCCUGGUGUUGUACCCUCGGGUCACUACUACAGGUAAGGAUGACACUGAAGCCAAAGAUGGAAGUCCUCCGCGACCCGAGACAAGUCGCACAAGCCGCACGCGGACUACCAGAAAGUCAUCUACUACCAUGACGACAACGACCACAUCGUUGCCUCGACAAAUGCUUUUCUGCGUGGUGGACACUCCGAUGAAGCAGCCGUUGCCAGAUGGCUUGUGCACAGUUGCAGUGCUCUCCAUCACGCAUGGCAGCUUCUUCGCGAUCGGUACUAAUGACCUAUUGGUCAAAUGGGGAGGACAUGCAAUGGACGCCGCGGUUACUGUGUAUGGCGUCGACAUCCGAACAGAGGCCCUGGCAACUGCCAAGCAGCGUCUUUUGGCUGACCCAAUCCCCUUCGAAAUCGUGUGGUCAUAUAACAUUCACAGUUUUGGUGUUCUGGACACUGAGCUCACGCCCACCACGCAAUAUGAAGCGAUUUCUGAGGUCAUCGACGUUGUGAAGAUCAUUCAGGGUCUACAGAGUAGUUUUCGUGAUGCCAAUAAAGGAUUCAGUUUUAUAGGCGUCGCUCCUCGUUAUAAGGGCAAUAAGGCUGCAAAUCUGAAACAACACAUUGACAGACUCAUUCGGGAGCUGAAACCACAUGUAGUACUAUUCCGGACGACAGACAUACGAAAUAUGAGUAUUUCGGGCCAGUACAGGAUACUUGGACCGUCGCCGUGGUACGAUCCUGAUGCCGUGGAGCAGCCAACCUUUGUAGACUCGUUGGAAUUGAAGCAAUCUGUGACGCUUCCACAAGACACCAAAGUGCUUCUGUCCUUAUCGGUAGCGGCUUUCCGGCUGAAUUGUACCUAUCCUUUUACCUUCAGCGACGUCGGAGACCAAAUGACUUGCUGCGUCGACAAGAUUCCCGUUCGAAACUUCGCAUGUCAAGAUGGCGCCGACUACUACUACUACCGCCAUGGCGAGCACGAUUACCAGAGGGCACACGAAAGGCACCUGUACGGUGGCUCCAUGGGUCUCAAAGAUUCCAAUGUUAUGGUCAUAUACGAUUCCAACAAAACAAUGUCAAGAAAGAUCUGUAACACUUCGCUUUCUUUCCAAUACACCGGCGGAUGGGCCGCGUUUGAUGUGAACGUCAUACAGGACCCAACAUGGAACGUAAACUGUGGAUCCAAAGUACCUUACCAAGGACUGAAUCCACUGCGCAAAAUUAAAGAAUACAUGGGCAGAGAAGGACACUGGACAGACUGCGACGCCAACACUCUGAGCGACACAAAUCUAUGAUGUAAAGCUCAUAUACGGAAACUGAGUAGCUUACCACAAUGAAAUUAAACCGAACCAGUGUUGUAACUCUAAAGUA